AUGUUGAAAAAUAUGCUACAGAUGAAGAGCAAGCUAGAAAACAAAAUAUAUUUCAAUGAAUCUCGUCAAAAUGAAUUUAUAAGUCAGUCACAAACUGAAUAUUUGAAUCAAUUUGAUCCAUUACCUGCAAAAUAUAUACAAGAAUUUAUAAAUGACCGUGCUACUGAUCCAACGUUAGAGGGAAAUGUUUUACAUAAAUUUCGUAUAAGACGUGAUGAAAUUGAUAAUUUCUACAUUGGUGAUUCCAAAGUCGAAAUUGUUGGAUCUGAUCAAUUAGUAAAGAGGAGAACAUACAAAGGAACCCCAGGAUUGUAUAAGUUACUCUUCAGGAAAAAUAUACCUAAAAGUUAUACGAAGGACGAUGAAGCUGCUUUCAAGGACAUUAUCUCAAGAACCAAUAUAAAUAGAAUUUUUUCUUCUUGUGUUUCAAAAUUGCCACGCAUUAGCUGUGACAUACCAAACAAGAGGAAGUUUGAAGAAAUGAAAAAAUUCAUAUUUACCUAUCGUACAGACAAAUGCUUCAAUAAUUAUCAAAGUCAACCAUGGGAUGAGGAGGGCUAUAUGAAAAUGGAAGAAGACAUGGAUAAAGCUGAAAACUAUGAUGCAGCUACAAGGAAAUAUUGGGGCCGGAUUCAAGCUAAAACAAUACAAUACUACUCACUUCAAUCAAUACAAUAAUGUUCAGAAUAUCGAUAACAGAUUUAGAAACUACUCUAGUGUUGUUGUCUGUACAAGGUGGUGUCAAAGCUGCAAAAUGUAUUUCUGUUUCUGUAAAAAGUCAA